AUGGUAUUUUACACACCCAAUCUUGUCUACCUCGACUACUCUGAUUACUCUACAUAUGGUAUUGAAUCGGCCAAUUUCUUGGAUUCCCUUGUGGAAGCCCGCCUCGAUCUUGAUAUACCAUGGCGGGGACGGGCGAGAACUUUCCGUAUGAAUAAUAUAACGAGAGCAAUUGAGUGCAUGACUAACGUUGAGAUGCUUCACCUCUCUUCCAACACUGUUAAGCUUAUGUAUAAUAGACUCUAUGAUUACUGGGAAGAAGAUCAAGAUGAUUGCGGCUUGAGUUUUCCACGGUUUGAAAACCUUGUUAACCUCUCUUUCGAGACAAGAUCGAAACGACAACCACGUUGGAAAAUGCUAACAGUUGUGAUGGAUAAGGCACCAAAUCUUCAAACUCUUGUCCUCAAGGGCUUGUACUCUAUCCGCUAUGAAGGUGUCUCCGUCAAUGAGAAUGUAGUGAAGGUGCUAGAGAUUUAUGGCUACAGAGGAGGUGGUAAUGAAUCGAGACAACUGAACCGUUUCUUGUCCCAGAUGAAUUGUCUUCAAGUGAUCAAAGUGGAAAUUGAUGCUGCAAUAGAUGACGUCGACAAGAGACUUCAAAUCACCAACGACCUUCUUUCUCUUCCCAAAUGCCAAGUCCAGUUCUUGUGAG